UUUUAAUAUUAAUUACGUAAUUCUUUGAAAAAAAAGUGAGCAUGCGCGCGCUGUCAUUUUUUAAGGUUAUGUAACGUAACCUCACAUUCUUUUGCUAAAUUACUUUAUUUAACCAAAAAUGGAUGAAGUUUUUUCCGAUUUAGCCAACAUCCCUAGCGAGCCCCCCGAAGUGCGGAGCACUUGCCCCACAUGCGAGCGCCCCACGAGCGUCUGUUGGUGUGCGGCCCUCCCUAAGCCACGUCUGUGCCCCCAAAGUCGCAUAAUACUGCUCCAGCACCCGGCUGAAGAGAAGCGGUGUUUGAGGACAGCCCCCAUGCUCCAUUUCGGGCUAAGUGAGGGGAAGUGUUUGGUUUAUAAAGGAAAGCGGUUUCCUGGCAGGUACCAGGACCUGGAGGAGCUUCUAGUGGGUUCCAAUACGAUUUUAUUGUACCCUAGUCCAACAGCGGUUGAUUUGAAAUCGCUAUUGCAAAAUAACACCAAUACGAGUUUUAAUUUAGUGAUAAUUGACGGGACGUGGCCGCAGGCGAAGGCGAUAUACGCGAGUAAUCCGAUUUUACAUAAAAUUAAACAAGUUAAGUUGUUGACUAAAGGUGUGAGUAGUUAUAUUAUAAGGACGCAGCCUACGGAUGGGUGUUUGAGUACGCUGGAGACGGCGACUGAAGCGUUGUGUUUGCUUGAGGAUGAUGAGGGGUACAGGAAGUUGUUAGCCCCCUUGAAAACAUUGUGUGACUUUCAGUUAAAAAAUGGUGCAGUGUCACACCAGAGUAAAGAAUUUCUGAUUAAGAAUAACAAAUAUCCGAAGUUAAUUGGCAAAAGAUUAAAUAAAGUGUUAAAUUCGGUGGAAGUGUUACGUGGCGAGUGAUUUUUUUUAAAUAAAUACAUUUUCAAAAGUU